GGAAGUGUGGUCAUGUUGUGUGAACCUUCCUGACUACAGGACGAUGUCCUUUGGCAAAGUGGAGAGCCCUGCUGGGCUGGAGUCGUGCUUGAAGAUCCGUUCGAGCAAAGAGAUGUCGCUGGUGAAGAAGCUGGUGUGCUAUGAUCCGUUUAGUAGGGCUACUGCGAUGGAGUUGCUUCACGACCUGUACUUCUCGAUGGAGCCACUUCCUCUUUCGCUCUCGGAGCUUCAUGUGCCGAGAUCGAACAGCGAGCAUGAUGUGGAUUUGCCAGGUGGGUGGUACGACUACAAGGAUCCUGACUUUGUUUUUGAUGAUUUUGGUCCUAUGCAUGUCACCGAGACUUGGAGCGGGUUUUCCAGUCUCGGUUUCCAUGAGCUCAGAGACUGGCAACUGAUGUCGCAAACUGGUGAAUCGAAUUGUUGGUAGAUUAUUGAAGCAUGGGUAGAUGAGUGCUUGUGUAUAAAUCCUUGAACCCUCUUUGUUGUGUAGAAUCUCAUCAAUGCAAAGGCUUGAGAGGUUUUUAUGUCCAGCCAUUUUAAGAACAUGAAUUGCAGAUUAUCAGUUGUGUGCUUGUGGACGAGGAACCACUGGUCCUCUCUGCGCUUCUUGCUGCAGAAGGUCGUGCGUCGGGUCGGAGUAUGAGAUGUGAUAUUGAGUUCGAUCAGUUGCUUUGUAUGGGUAGCUUGCUGUAACUUUUGGCAAAAGCCAAUCGUUGGAGCGCACCAGCCGUUCUCUUCCUGCCACUUUCUUGCGGAACCUAGCAAAGUAGUUACUCUGCUGGCCUCAUUCUGCAGCUUUAGAUUGCGAGGAAGGCAUUCCUCUUAGGCUUAUCCAUUUGUUUAGGGAGUGAAACCAAGUUGGCAUCACGAACUGCAAGAAUCUAUGUAGCGAAGCGAAGCAGAUAAAAAAGGCGCAAAACGGGA